CCUUCCUGUUCCUGCACUCUUAUAGUGCAGUCUGGUCUGCCCGUACACGUCUUACACGUGGUGUGUAACAACCUGAGUUACCGUUUAAAUGAAGCGCAGCUCAUAGGACGGUCCGGAGUGAUGUCAUACUGACAUUUUUCAGGCUGUGAAUGUGACGUGUAAGAAGCAGGGAAGGAAAGCAAGCUGUGGUGACUUUCUCUGGGCACGUUGGAAGUGGAAGCCACAAUGACGUCUACUAAAGAAGCUCUUUGGCGCACUCUUGAGCAUCUGACAGCUGAACAGUUCAAGAACUUUAAGUGGUUCCUGAAGGAGGGGGAUAUGGAAAACGGUUUUCCAGCCAUCCCAGAGGCCCGACUGGAAGGAGCGGACAGGUUGGAUACGAUCGAUCUGAUGGUGCAAAAAUACCGCUGUCCAGGAGCUGUGCAAAAAACCAUGAAGAUCUUAAGGAAGAUAAACAGAAAUGAUCUGGUUCAGGAUUUGUCAAACCAGUCAAAUGAAGACCACAAGAUCUCUGCAGCGCUCCCACGUGAUGAUGAGACAAGGAGGGCCAAACUGAGGGAGAUGAAAGCCCAAAUUGAUCUGAGGAUCAAGGAGAAGCAGAUGAAGAUCUGUGAAGUCAGACGCACAGCAGAGCUCAGCAGGAAGUCUGCAGAGCGACAGACCUCAGACAGCAGGAGGGCGUUUGAAGCGCUGGUGGCCUCUGUCCAGAGCAGUCUGGAUAAAAUCAUUGGAGAGAUCGAUGAAAAGCAGAAAAUGACACAGAAACAGGCUGAAGGAUUAAUCCAGCAGCUAGAGCAGGAAAUCUCUGAGCUGACCAAGAGGAGCGCAGAGGUGGAGCAGCUUACCAAAGACCAACGUGACUUCCUGCCAAGCUUCUCGUUCACAAAUGAGAUGCUGACAGAAGCCAGGUUCCCCCAGCCAUCUUACAAAGAAACUGUGACUCAGCUGAAGGAAAAACUCAGCAAAGACAUGGAGAUGUUUCUCGCUGUGACUGAGCUGAACAGGCUCCGGCAGUUUGCAGUGGAUGUGACACUGGAUCCAGACACAGCACAUCCCAACCUCAUCCUGUCUGAGGACGGGAAACAAGUUCGCUGUGGUGACAUAACACAAACUCUCCCAAACAACCCAGAAAGAUUUGACCGUGCUAUUAAUGUUGUGGGAAAUCAGAGCUUCUCUUCAGAAAGCUUUUACUAUGAAGUUCAGGUUAAGGAGAAAACCUCCUGGGAUUUAGGUGUCGUUAAAGAGUCAAUAAAUAGGAAGGGAUCAAUGUAUGUGAGCCCCAAGAACGGCUUCUGGAUAAUAUGUUUAAGGGCAGGAGAGUACAAAGCCUCACGUGUCCAUCUCAGUGUGGACUCUCAGCCAAAGAAAGUGGGAGUGUUUGUGGAUUAUGAGAAUCAUUCGGUCUCUUUUUAUAAUGCUGAAUCCGCACAACUCAUUCAUUGCUACACUGACUGCUCCUUCAAAGAGAAACUCCGCCCUUUCUUCAGCCCCGGGACUCUUCAUGGUGGCCAAAACUCCACUCCGCUCAUCAUCUGUCCUGUCUACGGCAACUGUCAGAUCUGAUCAAUCAUCCUUACAACUGCGUGAGACUCGUCAUAGAGUCGUCAGCUUCUCCACCUUUAUUUAUUUAUCACCCCUAAGUGGACAUCUGAAAACAAAAGGUCCAGAUGACUGUGACAGACUUAUCACACCAAACCCUCAGCCAACAUUUGAGUGGUUCACUGUUAACCCGAUGGGAGUGUUCAGGGGUUAAUAUAGUUUGUAGUAUUCAGAGGGUCCAGUGUGGCCCUCUGAAUAGCACAAAAAUGUAAUCAACCCUUCACCGACCCCAUGUCACACAGCAGCAUCAGGAUUGGGUCUCCAGUCGUUAAACAGAUGGUGUCAUAUGGGGCUGUUUGAAUUGUUUAUCAUCAGUUUUACAGCCUUCAAACUUAGAUUUGUGUGUUCUUAGUUGUGAUCUUGUGGAAGGUGUCACAGAAGGGCCACAGUUUUACGCUCAGUACAGUGUUCCCUGACAGAUUUAUUCUCGGCAUUCAGUUACAUGGUUGAACAGGUAACUUUGGCCUGAGCUUAUUUAAGACCAUGCCGGUGACCACUGCACAUGAGGUUCGGUGUCAUAUUUUACUCUAAAAGUUCAGGGUUUGGUCUAAACUCUAGAGAAGAAAAACCUUCCCGCACAAUCAGAGAGAGACUGGUUUUCAGCCUUCAGGGUCUUAUUUAACACACAGACAGUCAUUUUUCAAACAUCUCCUCCCUCCAGCAGAUCAUGUUUUACUUGCAUGUCGAGUGGGGGGGAUCCAAACUGCGACGGCAACCAUUCUAACUUUGCAUGCAGCUAGCAGGAGAAAAACUCAUUCAAAUGCAGGUGUGGUUUUUCUACAUUUAGACUCUGUGGUCUCACAAAGGCGCGUCUUUCACCAUCCGCGAUCUCAUACUUUCUAAUGCCCUCUUUUUGCAAAAUGGAGCAGACAUGGUUUCAAUUUUCCCACUGAUAGUAUCAAAGAAUAUAGACAGUGUAGUGCCUUUAAAAUGGCACUACACUAGUUUAAAUACAUUAUUACAGGAAAUAUCAUGACUGUCCAGUUCAUCCAUAACAUUUUUCUUCAGUGUCACCUUCUUGUUCCUCAUGCUUAUUCUGAUGGUGUUUCAUAGAGACAUUUUUCCUAGUCCACUGUGCAAUGCCACCACUCACUUAGUGCUUACUUUCAUUUUUCUUUCUGUGUUUGAGCAGGGAUGUCAGACUCCUUUUGUCAUAAGCUACUUUGAUGUUAAGUGAAUCAGACCAGUGAAACUGACCUUUCUGUCAGUGUAACUACACAGUUACACCAACACAUCUUAAUAUAAGGCAAAGAAGUGCCGUUUUAACUGUACACCUCAGUUUUUCUGCAUGAUAAAGAAAUAUUGCUGUUGGGUCAUUCCAUCUUCUGCUCGACAGGAGCAACAGAAAAAAAUCCUAAAAUCUGAACGACCGUGGUCUAAAAAAAGACACACAUAUUUAACAAAAUCAUUCUGAAAUCACAUGAAAGUGGGUUGAUGGAUGACAAAAAGGUUUCUGAAGUUUCUCUGUGGUCAUUAUAUACGGUAAAACUUUGGAUGAUAAUAUUUUUUUGUUCAAAUCAGAGAUGGUCAAACAUAAAAUUUUAAAAAGUUUGCUGAUUUAAGAUGGAAUAAAUAAAUUUGUAAAUUUACAGAAGAUCUGGCAGCUCAUUGUCCAGACUCUCCUGUAAUUUCAAAAGUGAAGAUUUUGUUAAAAUUCUGAUUUUUAAUUUUUUAAAUACAGAUUUUUCUCUGAUAAAUGCUAAAAAAAAAUCAACAACAGCAGUGUUCUGUCAUUUCAUUUGGAGUACAAAUGGCAGUGGGUGAGGUCUUUAUCAGUAGGAAAAGCUGUGACCAGUAAAAGUUUAAUCUGGCCCCCGGGCCUUAUUUUUGACACACCUGGUGUAAAUGAUUUGUUUUCAAACAUUUUUUUUUCUUCUUCUUCAAGAAAGCCAUCUUUACUGUUUACUAGAAAAGAUCCACACUGAAUUUUACUUUAAUAAAGAUGGAUAAUGUCA